UCUACAUAAAUAAAUAAAUUAAAUUAAAAAGUCACACACACGCACGCAAUUGCAAAAACACCUACUGUAUCAGAAUAGAACAUCGAAAUACGUAUUGAAUUAUACUCAAUCAAUGCAAACGAUGUUACCGGCAGCUGCAUCAAAGUUAAAUUCGUAUAAGCGCGAGCGUUUUAUAAAUUUUAAAUAAAAAAAUUUUCUAUUUUCUUUUUGUAAUUAUAUUCGUUUCUAAUCGAAAUUGUGUGGAAAUUCGAGGAAGUGGUACAUUUUUAUUAUUGUGAUUUAUCUGAUACCAAAUAUUUCAAAUGAAAAUAAGUUACUUUAAACGCAAUAAAUGUGUGUUCGAAAACGAUUUGAUAGACGUGUAACGCAACGUCAUUAUUUGUGAGUGAAAACAUUCAAUGCAAAAAAGAAAAACAAAAAAAAAAGUUAGUAAAACAACGCAGUUAUUGGUUGACUAAAGCAACACAGUCGCAGUUCCACACACAAAUGCGCUUUUGCCGGUGAUCUUUUGUCAUCUGAAAUGAGUGAUGCCGGUGAGCCGCCUCGCAAAACGCCGCCCACGGCAACCGUUGACCGCGACGACAAACAAAGUGCGGCAGGCGUUAGUGAUUCGCAAGAAUUUCGGCAUGAACAACGGCGGCCUCAAGCCACAACAAGCGGCGCCACUGGAACCACUCAGCCACCGCAGCCACAUGAAUUGACCGCAGAGUGGACAGUACGCGCCCAGCUAACAUUCGCCCGCGCCGGUGAGAAAGUACAACGCGAAUUCAGCUCAAACGAUCCUGUUAAUCCUGUGCGCGUGGUAUACAAGUGGUCCACAUUUGAUUCGCCCGUGCCGCCGGAUGAUGACGUUGAUAUUGACGAUUCUUCGUCGUCGACACUGCACAAACGAAAUUCAUUCGCUAGCCGGGGCUCACGUCAAUCCACACCGCUAAAGACCGCACAACACACUCGACGGUGGCACCAACAGCCUCACGAAAGCUUCCGUUCGACAACCUCUUCAACCAAUGCUGAUUUGGGUGGCGGCGAUUCCGCAUUUAGUGGUUCGAAUGCUUCUAAACAACGCCAACGACCCUAUCAGCGCCAACCGCAAACCGCAAGUGGCGGUCCGAAUGGUGCUGGCGCUGCAACGGGUGCACUCUAUGGUACGCGUUGCCGCAGUACCUGUAAUAUAGUCGUCUCAGCCGUUGCAGACUUCUUACCCGCGGAUGCAGCAUCUAGCGCAGCUUUUGCCUCAGCGGCAAAUGAAGACUUUGCGAGCAGUGGAGCAGGAGGAGGAGGAGGAAGAGGGAGAGCGACGACGCACGUAACGGCUACGGCUGCGGACUUUAUACCCGAGAAAGAGGCUGAUCCAUUCGUAUUCAAUACAACGGCGUCGUACACUGUUUUACCUCAAAGGUCUAUUGAUUCUACAAUAUCUACCGGCUCGAAGGAUUUUGCCGCUUUAGGCAAAGUAUUAGCACUCCGCGAUGCUUUCUCACAGACAAGCGAUACGGAAACUAAAUACUUUGAAGAGCGUGAACGUGAAUAUGAACGGCGUCGCUUUGCCAAUAGUCGUAGUCCGAUUGAUCGGCGAACUGUGCAGCAACAACAGCAACAGUCACAGAAAGAACGUAAGUCAUAUGAGCAGCGUCGUGCCACAGCGGAAGGAUUACUUCAGGCGCCUAGCAGCCAUCUCAGUGGCGAUUCUUAUGUGGACGAGGCACACUCAUUUAUGCCUUCGUUUUUAACAUCCCCAUCGCAUACAUUCAAAUCUGCCUCAAUGUCGCGGAUACCAACAGUGCCGGAACAGACACGCUACCAACAGCAACAACACGCACUCGCCUCCAAACAAAAGUCGAGUUCUAGUGAACCAUUGAAAAAACCACGCACUGUGCACAUCGAUGUGUACUGCACUGGUUCUGAAGAUGAGGAAGAGGAAGGUGAAGGAGAAGACGAGGGCGAUCAUGCUGAUGCUGAUGCCGAGGCAUCGGCAAGUUCGAAUGCCUCGAACGAUGAUGAUGAAGAUGCAAGUAAACAUCAUGAUUUGGAGUCAACUUCCACACCACAGACCGUAUUUGAUAACGAACAACUUCUACUCAAACAUAAACGCAUCACCGGACAAACACUUCCACGCCGUCUGCAACAACCGCCACUAUCAGCGGAACCAGUCGCGCCGCCGCAUACCAAACAACAAUCACAGCAUGUCGCCGAUCUACAUCUCGGACAUGCCAUCACCAAAUCCAGCACUGCUGAGGAGGUAUCCGAAUCUAAGCAGUUACUCUUUCGCAAACACAUUGGCGAUCAACGCGCCGCAAAAUUGGCAGCACUUCGUCAAAAGUACAUGCGCCAACCCAGUGACGAUGCCAUCAGUUCCAACUAUCCGAACUCGUCUCGUUCGACGGUGCGUGAUGCCACUUGCAGCAGCAUUGCCUCAAGUGUUGUCACCUCAUCCCAAGCUGAAUAUGCAGCCGAUUCCUCCUGGAAGGAGGCUGAGGAUCAAGAAGAAAUGUAUUCUUUGGCAAAAUCGGAUAGUUUCGAAUAUGAAAACACAACCGAUCGUUUGCGUAUCAAGCAAAUGGAGUGCUUCUGGUCACGCACAUCUUCUACGGAAGAGCCGCCAAGUGGACAACACCAAACGUUAGCAGGUUCACCAGUGCGCGGGCAUAUGCAGUCACCUUUCUUACAACCGAUAUCCGAAGUGAGCUCGCAAGGUAACUCACCGUUUGCCACGCCCGUUUCGCGCCACAAUACAUUACCAACUGAAUCUGAGAACUUUUCCGAGACGUCUGACAUCUAUUACACAUACCCCGGUGCAACGGCAACGGCUUUUGGUGCACAACGUACUUCACCUGCAUACUUGCAGCAAACAUCACAUUUCCCACGAAAUCGUCCCGGGUUUUUGCAGUUUUUCGGUCCAUCUACGUCGCCAAGUCUUCCGCAGCAAAGGCAUGUUUCCUUACAAUCGCCAUCACAUGAAAUGCCACCAACUACAACAGCUGCAGACGUGGUAGUUUCGCCACCGCAUGCGCAAUUGCUUUAUACAGACUACCAACCACGCUUGCAACGGUGGAAAAGCGAGACGCGCGAUAAUCUUUCAACACACGGUACUUCUUCGCCAGCAGAUCGAAGCAGUUGUGCUUCACCACUAGCAGUGGCCGGUGAGAUUUCGCCAUUAUUUCAAAAAAGCGGCAGUGAAGCUCCUCCAACCACCACUUCAGCUGCGACGUUCCAUCAGUCGCCAAUGAUUGCGCGACGUUUCGAAAUGAAGCAUGCGAGUCCCGCUGUAAGCGAAGCUUCCACCACCUACGCCGGUUAUACUGUGGAGCAUUUGCAAAAGGCAAAAAAGUUUGGUGCGGUAGUUAGUACGGCGCGAAAGCCAGGUCAUCACGUGGGUCCCACCAAGAACCCUAACUGUUCUUGUGAAAGCUGUCAGCGUUGGCUUGCGGAACGUUUUCAGGUGCGGAGUCGUGCUUUUUCGCUGGGAGAGCGACCAAUUCUGCGACGUGCUAGUAAAGGGAACAUAUGAUGAGCUGUGAAGCUUGAAUGAAUACACUGCCAUGCCUUAAAAUAAGGUUUAGUCUUAACCGAACUUGAUUAUCUAUCCAAUAUGAAAAUGCAUUUAUGUGACAUAAAUGAAAAUACGAUUAGGUCUGGAUGUAAUGUCGUUUCUUUCUCUGUACAAUAGUUAAGAAGAAUUUUUAACAAACUUCACAUGCAACCUAAAUACACCACAUAUCCACUAAUAUUUACUGAAACCGAGAUUAUUAAUAUUUUGAUUGAGUGUAUCCAUACAUUAAAGUAAAAUACUUACGAUACUAAUAUUUGUGUAAUUGCUAAGAAAAUAUGGAGAGACUUAUUUACUUAUAAACAAAAUGUUCCUCAAUUUCCACAGCUGAACUAUAAAAGUACCAAAUAAAAUCUGUAUAUAAAAUGUGUA